CAUGUAUACUUCUAAUGAAAUGGUAGAAAAAGAUCUCUUAGUUUUCCACUAAAUAAACCUGGAUGGUUUUCUCAAUGAGAGAGGGGGGCCAAAUCGUUCAAAAGUACAUCAGUAUUGGAGCCUACUAUCUUGUUAGAUUGAUCCAUGUUUUAUCCAUACAUCUUUAUUGAUCAUACCCUUUUGGAUUUUUCUCACUUAGAGUUUUGUCUUGGCUUGCACACCUCUCUUCUCUCUCUUUCUCUCUCUCUCAAGUGGUUGUCAUUCUUUUCACUUUGGUACACAAACAAUUUACACAGAUGAGCAAAAAAAGAGAAAAAAAAAAAGCAAAGGCAAAGGCCGCAAAAGCAUAUACAAAGGACAGAGAAGAUGUUAUAGAUUAAUAAUUUUAAUAGCAAAGUUUGUAAUAAUCUCAAAAAAUACCCUCAAAACAUCACUUUAGUUACGAUCCCAACAGUAGCUUCUAUAUAUUUCAGUUCCAAUCUGUUAGAAGCUUGUCUUGUCCUUGUUCUCUCUCCUAAGUUCUCCUGUUCAACUCUUCCUUUCCUAAAAAAGGAAAAAAGAAGAAAACAUAUAAACUUCUUCAUUACUACACAUACUAUUAUUCAUCAUCAGAUCAUCAAUUCUCUCAAAAACCUUCACUUUCAUCUUAAUCACUUUCCUAUGGCACCCGUGAGUCUACCACCAGGUUUUAGGUUCCACCCUACUGAUGAAGAGUUGGUUGCUUACUACCUUGAUAGGAAGAUCACUGGUCGUAAAAUCGAGCUCGAAAUCAUCCCUGAAAUCGAUCUUUACAAGUGCGAACCUUGGGAUUUACCGGAUAAGUCAUAUUUGCCGGGAAAGGACUUGGAGUGGUACUUCUUUAGUCCAAGGGACAGGAAGUAUCCCAAUGGAUCAAGGACAAACCGAGCGACAAGGGCAGGCUAUUGGAAGGCUACAGGGAAGGAUAGACCGGUGCAUUCACAGAAAACCGCGGUCGGGAUGAAGAAGACGUUGGUGUAUUACAAAGGAAGAGCUCCUCAUGGUCUUAGGACUAACUGGGUUAUGCAUGAAUAUAGGCUCCUUGAGUCUCUUUCUGGCUCUACUCCUUCACUUAAGGAAUCUUAUGCAUUAUGCCGAGUUUUCAAGAAAACAAUCCAAAAUAAUCCAAGGACAAAAGAAGCCAUGGGAGAUCUUGUUAUCCCAGAUAAUGAUUGCGCAGACGAUGAUCUACAAGGAUAUGAUCAAACAAACGGCAUUGAAAUAACUCAAAGAAUUAGGGAAGUUAAUCAAAAUCAAGAACACUUGUUACAACAUGAUAAUCAUGAUGGAUUUACUAAGUUUCCUUCAGAAGCUUCUUCAGAACUCACUAAUCAAGAAGGUACACCUACAGGAAGUGCACUAAGUACUGAUCAUGAUUUACAAGCUCCAUUAUUUACCGCAGAUGAAGCUAACAGUUCAGCAAAUUUCUACCCAUUUGGCUUUGAUUACUCAUCAAAUCUUUACCAGGAUAUGCAAAUGGCAAAUAAUUGCUUUAAUUUGCCACCAUUGGCAAUGGAUGAUUUCCCUCAAAUGAAUUUAUCAGAGACAACAAUAUUGAAGCCUAUAAAUCAUCAUCAAGAAACUUUGGGGUGUGACAAAUUCAAGGAAUAUAUGAAAGGAGCAGUAAUGUUUGAAGAUAUAUUUGAUCUUUGCUCUACCCAAGGAACUUCUAUAAAUCUACCAUUGGAAGAUUGAUCUUAUGAUCAAGAAGAAGCUUCACACUUACUACUUAUACUAUAAUAUGAUACCCUUAAAUAUUUUCAGCUCUAACAUAAAUUCAUUUUACUGAUCAUAAAAAAACAACCCAAAAAGAAAAAGGUGGAUUAUUUUUGUUAUCCACAUAGGUUGGUGGGGUUCAUAUACUUGAUGAUGAUGAUGCCCAGAAAAAAAGAGAUCGAGGGCAUUUUUCUUUUCCUUUUUUUAUUUGAUUUCUUUUGUUUUAAUUUAUUUUUGAUGCAUAAGAAAGUUCUUUGGCAAUACUCCCAUAGAGUCUAUAAGACCAAUUAGAGCUAAUCAAAUCACAAAUAUACUUCAUUUUCUCAAAGGAGAGUAGCUAGGGCAAGGCAUACUCAAUACAACUCGUAACAUUUUUUUUCUUCUAAUUUUCAUUUUAACUGAUCGACUUGUAUUAUUAUUAUUUUGUACUGUUAUGCUAUUUUAUUUCUUUGUGAUACUUCGGUUUUUUUUUAUUAAUGUGAUACUUUAGAUCAAAAUGUAAAAUGGGAUUAGAUGAAAUGUUUUUGCAAGAUUAUUAGUUUUAUGU